AUGUUGGAGGGAAAGGCCCUUGAAAUCACUUUGACGGCGGCCAAUUCCGCUGCUCAAGCCUGGUAUGGGUACGAUCAGGGCGUUGUGAGCGGGAUGCUCAUCAGUCCGGACUUCAUCAAGGUCUUCCCCGAGACCGAGAAGGCUGACAUACAAGGCAUCACAGCGAGCUGUUUCUCUCUUGGUAAUCUGCUUGGCUGCUUGUUGGCCGCUAUCUAUGGCGAUCGCCUGGGUAGGAAGAAUACCCUUAGGGUUGGCGGUGUCGUCAGCGCUAUCGGGGCUGUUCUGCAGUUCUCGGCAUUUUCCUUUCCUCAACUGAUUGUUGGACGAGUGAUCAACGGCGUGGGUAACGGCAUGCUAUCUUCCACGUGUGGCAUCUUCCAAGCCGAGUCUUGCGCCAGCACCCGCAGAGGAAAAUUAUCCGUCAUUGUGGUUCUUCAUAACGUCGUGUUCUACUGCAUCGCGACAUGGCUGACUCUUGCCUGUUCUUUCGCUUCGGGAGGCUGGCAAUGGCGUCUGCCACUCGCUUUACAGAUUGUUCCCUGCCUUUUCAUGAUGACGUUCCUGGCCUUUGUUCCUGAGAGCCCUCGUUGGCUAUUGAUGAAUGAUCGAGCCGACGAAGGGCUUGAAGUGAUUCGCCGUUACUCUGGCAAUGGGCUCUCAACAAGCGAUCCCAUUGUCCAAGAUGAGUAUCGCUCAAUCAAGGGCGCAAUUCUGAUUGAAAAGCAGUCUCAGAUCUCUUUCAUAUCUAUCCUGACCGGUCGGGAUCGCUCUGGUCAUCUGAAGCGUCUUCUCCUUGGUUGUGGUGGGCAAUUCAUGCAACAAUUUGGUGGAAUCAACGCACUGAACUAUUACUUCACAAUCAUCCUGACGAAGAAUGUCGGCCUCGACGAGUUGCUUGCAAGAAUCCUGACUGGCUGCAACGCUACGUCGUACAUGAUCUCUUCAGCUUGCGCCUUCUGGAUCAUCGAUAGAUUUGGUCGUCGAAUCCUGAUGCUUACCGGAUUGUCCCUGCAAAGCUUGGCCUAUGUCAUGGUAGCUAUUUCUGUAGGAUUGCUGUCUACGGCGCCAUUUGAGAGGCAGUGGGGAAUCGUCGCGAUUUCAUUCUUGUUCUUCUACUACGCCGCCUUCGGAUGCACUUGGGGCAUGGUCCCAUGGGUCUACCAAUCUGAGGUCAACUCGCUCGCUAUGAGAACUGUUGGUGCUGCCGCUGCUACAUCGACAAACUGGCUAUUUGGUUUCGUCUGCACCCAGUUUACACCCACGGGAAUUGAGAAUAUUGGAUAUCGAUUCUACAUCAUUUUUGCCGUGUUCAACCUGGCUUUCAUUUUUGUCGUCUACUUCCUCUACCCCGAGACCGCCAACCGAACGCUCGAAGACCUCAAUGCCUACUUCGACAUUGACUCGGGGCAUUCCACAAUCAUUCCGAUCGGCGACAAGGUUGCCAAGUCCUCAAAGCGUCCACAGGAAGCGAUUGAUGCGGAGGCUAGCCGUGUUGCCAUGGCGGCAGCUGCGGAUGGAAAGGGCCAGGAUGUGGCAGUGGAGCAUGCCGAGGAUGUUGACAAUGUUGCUUGA